CAUUUGCGCAGAACCGACAAAGAUGUACUCGAUAGGACCCUGCAAUCACCCGACCUGUCAUAUAUGUGCAGUAAGGCUGCGGGCUCUAUACAAGACCAGGGAAUGCAGUAGCUGCAGAUCCACGAUGAACCGACUCAUCUUCACCAGCUCACCCACAAAGCACUUUUCCGACUUCACCGGAGAGGAUCUGCCGUAUUCUGAUGCUAAGCUGGCCAUCAGCUUCGAGACGAGAGAAGCCAUGGAGGACACUCUCAUCCUCUUGCGCUACAACUGCCCAGACGAGAGGUGUGAGGUGACGAGCGCAGGAUGGGCGGACCUGAAGAUGCAUGCAAAGAGAGACCAUGAUCGCUUGAUCUGCGACUUGUGUAUCAAGAACAAGAAAAUCUUCUCUCAUGAGCACGAGAUGCAUACACAACAGUCUUUAGCAAGUCACAUGAAGGGCGAUCAUCGCUUCUGCGAGUACUGUCAUACUCACUUCUACUCAGACGACGAACUCUACACCCACAUGCGCGACAAGCAUGAGCAGUGCCACAUCUGCAAAGCUUCCGGCAGCGAGACGGAGCGCUGGCAAUAUUUCCGAGACUACAAUAUGCUCGAGCACCAUUUCAGGCAACGACACUUCCUGUGCAUGUCAAAGGACUGUCUGGAAAAGAAGUUCGUGGUCUUCGACAGCCAGAUGGAUUUCAAAGCGCAUCAGGUCGCAGAGCAUGGAGCUGAGCUCAGCAACAGAGAGCUGAAGGAGGCGAUGAGGAUCGAAGCGAACUUUCACUAUGAGGAUCCAAAUGCUGCAGGGUCCUCCAGUGGCUCAGCACCGCGAGCCCGGCGAGAUAAGCGUGGCGGGCGUGGGCCUGCUGAGCCAGAUCCUCCCACACGGAGCGACCCUCUUGCUCUUUCGUCCUUGGCCCUACGCGCCAAUGUUCCUGGCGCAGGACCUGCCAAUCACAGCAGACGUAUCCACUUUGGCGGCCACACGACUACGACGGGCGAGAGCUCUCAGCAGCAAGCUGCUAAUGCCCUGGCAGCAUCUAACUCGCGCUCUGCAGCCGGGGGUUCCUCCUCGGACAAGAGCGCAACAGAGAGACACGAGGCUUACCUUGCGCGAGUCCAGGGCAUCCUCGGUGGUUCAGAAAGCAAGCUGGCCUCGUUCAGAUCAGCAGUGAGAAUCUUCCGAGCAGGAGAAAUGUCUGCCAAUGACCUCGUCGACAACACUUACUCGCUGGUGGACGAUCUAGACAAUACAGCCGUUGUCAUCAAUGGGCUGGUAGACUUGCUCGACACGGAUGCGGACAAGAAGAAUGCAGUCUUGCAAGCGUGGAAUAAGCUCAGGAUCGAAAGGACGCAGUUUCCGUCUCUGGUACCAGUCGCACCGGGAAGCGGCAGCUACGCAUCAGUUGGCAGCGGCUUUCCCUCUGGCUCCAUCCGUAACAUCAAGAGCAGGGCGGCCUCCAAUAAUCAGAUCUGGGAGAAUGUCGAGAGGGCAGCUGCAAGGGGCAGUGGUCAAACUUCUAGCAGACUAGGUACGAACAGGGAGCAUUUUCCAACACUGGGCGCAGCAGCAGGCUCCAAGCAUUUCACUGCCUCGUCCUCUGCGAGUGCUAAGUCUACAGUACCCGGCUCGGCUUCGCAUGCAGCCAAGGUAAAUGCCAAUCUGAGAGCUGUCCAUGGUUCCACACCUUGGUCACAGGCGUCUUCUACGACUCGAGUCGCCCCUCCUACUAUGCCGAGCCCACCUGUCCCAUACUCUUCCUCAUCCUACCCGAGUGCCAGUAAAGCAUCCAAUGGCUCGGCAUCCAAAGCGCCAAAGGGCAGCAGCGGCCAUGCCUUUCCAGCUCUGCCGCUCAACGCCAAUGCCUCGGCGAUUGCGGCUCAGAAGCGGGCCUUGUUCAAUCGUGCUGGUCCAGGCUCGGGUGGGACGUCAGGAAGCUCGACUCCUUGGCUUGUUGCGGGGAAUGGAGGGAGCAGUCGUGGCGGGGGUGGUCGGAUUGAUUCGCCAGGUUCUCCAGAGGAGAGGGCCAAUCCGCUUGAUGUCUCUGCCGUUGGUAGGAGACUCAACGAUGUUGGACUGGGAGGCGCUGGUGGUAGUGGAGCCAGCACGCCUGGUGGAGGUGGUAGUGGUGAAGGCGGCUCGAAGGGCAAGAAGAAGAAGGGCGUGGCGGUGAUGAGCCUGGGAGGUGUCCAUCGAGGUGCCUAG